AUCAGCCAGCCAGGCUGGAUGAAAGGAGCCUUUGGAAGUGUGGGAAAGAAGAUGAAAAGACUCCAGUUUCUGUAGUGGUUUUCUCAUGGAGUCCCCCCCCAGUCUUUAAACAAUGCAACAUUUGAGGAACCCGUGAAGAUCAACGUUUGUCACUCAUAGAAAACUACUUUCUUUUUCACACAGACAGUCGCUUAUUGCGUCUUUAAUUUUUGGACAGUUGUUUUGUAGCUGGAUACAACAGGGUGAGUUUGCAACGACUCGGACAACAUUAAGACCCAUUAUGAUUCCUUUCUAGUGAUCCGUCUCUUGAAAGAAAGCACGAAUAAACACAAACAGCUGCAGUGAUUAAACCGGGACGUGUCUGCUGUGUUUCUGAGGCAGUCUGAAGGAGCCAGGAGUCAAAUUCCCGAACACGUAGGAGCUCCAGCGCUGGCGCAUGACGCGGGGCGCAUGACGCAGGGCGCAGCCGCGACCGACUAACGGAUUACCGAUCUAUCAUCGACAUGACAAGACAGAGUGGAUUCCUUCCCGCUGUUACUUCUCCAUGUCCGGAUAUUCAUUUUUUAUUCUGCUGCUUUUAAUGACUCGAAGAGACACGACAAAGGGAGCCGCUCCUCCUCUCCGCCUGUCACAGCGCAACUGAACCUACUUGUUUGUUUGCCAAACAAGGAAGAAAAGAAAAAAAAAGAAGUAAGAAUCUGACCUGAUCAGCUGUUAAUACUUGAAUUUAGAAAUAUUUAUUUUUUUAUCGUGGGAGAACAAGCGCUCAAAAAGCUGCUUUCACACGACAAUUAGAAGAGGAAUGAGUUUGAGGGGGAAAAUAAAGUCCGUGUUUGGUUUCCACAGCGGAAAUGAGAUCAGUCCCUUUGCUUGGCUCCACUUUUUCUAAAACAUGGUGGAUGUAACUCUGUACUAGUAGGAUCUGACAUUAUCGGACUUCUGAACAGCUUAAAUAUCGUAAUCAUUAACCUAAUCAAAGGAAAUAUGUUUGCUGGGCUGAUGGGGUUGGACCGUCACCUGAACUCCCUGCAUCCUCGCUGCGAUGGCACUGAAGGUGGCAAAGCAUCCGGGACAGCUGGCAGCUCGGGCCGUAAGAGGCUCCACAGGAGACCAGGGUACAUGAGAGGAGAGCAGGCCAGACUGCAGGGCACUGCUCAUGCUCAGGAGGAGGAGGAGGAGGAGGAGGAAGAGAAGGAGGAGAGCAUCAUUUGCGUUAGGAGUGGAAAAUCCGGACGUCACGCCGGCAUCACUGAGGCGACCAGAGUUCAACAGUUGAGUAAAGCUCCUACCGUCAAAGCGUCUCCAAUGAAUAACCAACAUUACAGUCGAUCCACAUGUACUGCUUCGGAUAGCAAGAACUCGCUCGUCUCUGUAAACGGAGAACAGAGCUCGCCGAGCCCUCUGGUCCGGUCCUCUCCGCCUCCGUGCGGACGCAGUCCCAGCCCCCAGUCUUCGCCCGAGGACUCCUUCAACUCAAGUUUUAGCUUCAUCCAGCAGUCUCUAAACUGCCACCAGAGGACAAGCCCCGCUGCACCGGCACCGACGCGUCAACCAGGCGAGGCGUCCUCCACCAAACACAUUUUACCAAAGCAGUCAGCAGCUGCCCAGUCGAUGCCGUCCCUGGCUCAAGCCGGUCCUGCCCAUAAAGAAGAGCCUUCGUAUGGCGGGAGAUGUUGGCGGGAUUGUUUGUCGGGUGGCAAGGGGGAAACGCCCCACCUUCCAAGCUGCGAUUCCCAAACUCUUGACAUAGAGGUCACGUCCUCCCUGUCGGUGGACUCGGACACGGCCUCCGCCUCCUCUGUCACCUCCGGCUACGAGAGCGCCACGCCCGCCUCGGAGCAGGGCUGGGACCGCCUGGUGAAGAAGUACGAAGGCGCGCUGCAGGACUGCCUCCAGAGCAACCGCACUUACACCAAGAUUGACUCCAUGAUGUUGAAGCUGCAGCGGCUCCAGCAGAAAGCCAUUCUGGAUGACGACUAUGACGCAGCUGAGCGGUUUGGGAAGAAGCUGGAGGAGCUCUGCAGAGAGCGUGGAUCCCUCCGGCUGGGUUUGCCCUCCAUGCAGCCCAGUGUGGCCCUGUUCCUGGAGAGGCUCACACAGGUGGUGCACAGCGCCCUCCAGAGGGCAGACUGCAGUCAGUGCAGAGAGGGAUCAGAACCGGACUCGGUGGAGCAGUCUGACCCACUGCAGGUCCCGCUGCAGCGAAGGGAUCAGUUGAUUCAAGAAAAACUUCAUGUUGAGGAGGAAAUUGAGGACCUGCAGACGAGGCUGGCGAGGCUGAAGGAUCGCAGUCGAUGUCUGGAGCUGCUGAUCCUGCAGGAGGAGAGGCGGGCGGAGGCGGCGGAGCUGGAGGGGUCCGUGCUGCGGAGCUGCACCGCCGCCCAGCUUCGGGACAUGAGCCGGACCCUGCAGGACCUCGUCACGUCCGAAAACCGCACGCAGAUCUCCAUCUCCCCUCCACCGUCGACACUCAGACUCCAGGAACAGGAACAGGCGCUGAACCUUUCCAUAAAGGAAGCGACAGCUAAGGUGGUCAUGAGUCAGAGACUGGGCAGCAGCCUAAGGAGGAAAGUCAGCGAGACUGAAACGCAGCUUUUGGCUCUGCACGAAGCCAAGCUGGCGGCCAUAUCUGGUAAUGACUUCGGCUGUGCCAAGGAGCUGAAAGCUGAGAUGAAGGCGGUGUACCUGGAGCGGGACCGGCUGGAGGCCCUGGCCAAGAGGCUGCACAGCCUCAGCGCGGGCAGCGGCCAGGAGCUGGCCAGGAUGAAGGAGCAGCGGCAGCAGCUCCGACUGGAGCUGGAGCAGAGGGAGGCCCAGCAUGAGAGGCGGCUGAAAGAGAACACCACCAAGUAUCUGGAGCUGCUGGAGGACAGGUUGCACAGCUGCGACUGCCCCGGCUUGGAGCGCAUCUGGGAAGCCGACCUGGAAGCGUGUCACCAGUUCCUACGAGGCCUGCAGCUGCGAACCCCCAGCUGCGGCGGGGCAGACGUGGAGGAUGCCCCGGCCGAAGCAGCGGGCUAUGCCUCGACCCAGCCUUGCACUAAAGAAGAAGAAGAAGAAGAAGAAGAAGAAGAAGAAGAAGACUGUGCCAUGCUGACUGCUUUGGGAGGCCGCUGGUGUCCCGAGGCCAACUUACAGAACUCAGAGUUCACAAAGAAGCUGGAGGAGUUUUUGUUCUGCAUGGAGGAAAAUCACCCAGAGGAUGUGUGCAGCGAGGCCGACACUACAGACCUGACAGAGCGCUGUGAGCUGAUCGGUGACAGACUAAUCGCCUUGGAGGACAAACUGCAGACAGCUUUACUGAAUCGGGAUCAAGCCCUUACCCAGUCUUUGGAAAAAGAGGUUCAGGAGGUAAAAUCCACACUACAAAGCAUGCUUGCACAGCUGGAGAUGGGAGAACAGAAGGAAGAGGAGGAGAGAACGGUGGAUGAACUGAUAAAAGGUGGAGCUCGAGUGGAAGUAGAGGUACAAGAAGAAGAAGAAGAAGAAGAGGAUGAGGAGGAGGAAGACGAGGACCAGUACUUUAGUGACAGCUGGGACAUUUGAGAUAGACGCCUGUAAUGUUUUGGGAGCGCGCACACAGGCGCAGGCGGCUUGGUGGGAGCGUGACCUCAGCACAGCAGCAGAUGUGACCCAACAUCGACUAACUUUACAGCUCUGCUCAGUGCCUCACUAGUAGCAUCUGUGGCGUUAUAUAAACUAGAUAGUGCCUUGCAAGGAGUUCAUAUCCCUGUCAUGUUGCAACCACAAACCUCUCUGUGUUUUACUUGACUGUUAUUCCUUAAACCAACCCGUUUUAGCGCAUUAUUCUGAUACCGAAGGAAAAGCAUGCAUGCUUUUCAGAAAUCUUUACAAAAAAACAUCGUAGUAGCCCCCAUGAGUUUAUACUUUGUAGAGCCACCUUUUGCUGCGUUAUAGCUUUUGUCUUUCGCGUUACGUCUGUGUCAGUUUUGCACACCUGGAGACUUUUAAUUUUUAACUUAUUUUUCUUUGCAGGUAGCUCAAAUUUCAGUCAGAUUUCCUGGAGAGCAGCUCUGAACGUACAUUUCUCAAGUCUUACCAAUUGUAUUUUGACUGGACCCCUUAAAUUAUCACAUUUUGAUCUAAGCCAUUCAAUUAUAGCUCUGGCUGUAUGUUUAGGGUUCUGCAAGCUGCUUGUGUCUACAAGUCUUUUGCAGCCACAGAGACGUUGUGCAUUUAGCUGCACUAAUCUUCACAUUAACCUUGUCUCUGCUGAAUAAAAGCAUCCCCACAGCCUAAUGCUGCCACCGCCUUGGUUCCACAGAGGGAACUGUGGGUUUAGAAUAACAGUGACGACACGCAGUGUAUUCCACCACAUGUAGCUUUUUGCCUGCUGGUCAUACCAUUCAGUUUUGGUUCAACCCGACCAGAACACUUUCUGCCCCUGCAUUAAUAGUGGAAAGCGCUUGGGAGGAGAUUUUAUGGCUUUUUAUUUUACCGAAAUGGGUUUCUUCUUGCCACUAUUCUGUAAAGGCUGUUUAAUUUUUAUGACUAACAGUUGAGUGAACAGAUCUUCCUACACGAUCCUCCAAAGUUAGCCUGUUGAACUAAGGCUCUGAUCCAGUUAAGCUGUAAUCUUUCCAUUUUUUUGAUGAUAGCUUGAAGAGUGCACUUCAAUAUAUUAAAAGCUUUCGUCACAGAUUUUAUAACUUGGCCCUGCUGUAGGGUUAGGGUUGAUUUAGGGAUAGACCCCAACCCUAAACAACCCCAGCUCUUUAUCCCUGUGGUCUUUGUGUUGGUUUAUCACAUCAAAUAAUGACAAUGAGUUUGUGGAUCUAAUAGGAACAUUUGUAAAUAUAUCCAAGGGGUAUCGAUACGUCACCAGACAAUUUAAACUGAAACAUGUGAAGGAGAUUUUUUUUUUCUUCUAUUUUAAGCAGUUUCUGAAACCACUGUGGAUCUUUUUUGAUGACCAAUUUUGUGACAUUUUUAUAUCAAGCUUUACUGUUGUCAGUAAGUCAGAGCAGUUCGACAAGCUUUUAACCUCUGGUAGAGAAGCUGAACACUGCAACAGACAAUCUGAACAUAUUUAACUGUUUGUUCGUUGUCGUCUUGUUUGUUUUGCACACAACCUAAAUUGUAUGUCUUAUUUUAACAUCAACAAACUACUUUUUUUGUGUUGGUGUCUGUGUGAAUGGGACUGUACUUGCACAUAAUCGAGUUCACUGAAGACCUAACUGUUGCGGUGCUACAAAAUGUGAGCUAACUUGAACACUUUACUGUCUUUGUAUGGAGAAAUGCAAUAUUUAGGUUGUUUUUGCUUUUCUUUUAAUGCAACAUGUACUGAGAGACAUGAUCUGAAUAAAAAAAAAAUGGCUUGUAAGUUUAAUUGUCUGGCAAAUA